AUGAUAGCCACUUAUCAGCCGCUUUCAAUAUCAGAGCUUCGAUGUCUUACCCCGUUACUAGCUGGUGUCGACCUAAAACAGUUGAUCACAAAACGAUUCAUCUUCUUCUUGGAAGUUCGAGAGGAUGUCGUUUAUUUCAAUCACGGGUCAUCCAAAGAGUUUCUACUGAAGCGUUACAACCAUGAUGGCAAGGCGACGCCACAGAGACACGCGGAAAUUGCACUUCAUUGCUUGAGGACGCUUGUGUCAAGCGACUAUGAGACUAACGUUUCUAGAAGCACUUAUUUCUCUUCUUCACACUGGGUUAAGCAUUUAUUGCGGUCGAAAUUUGUGUCUGACAAUGAUACAAAAGGCAUCGGCCUCAAUAUCGCACUGAUGGACUUUUUAAACCGUGGCUUCACCUGGUGGCUCAGUGCCAUGAGCAAGACUAGCCACCCAUUUUCACGAGCAAAUAGGCAUCUCCUACGGCUUCGGGAUUACCUUACAAGUUUUACCGAUAAAAAAGCUCCACCUGAUGAUAUUAUCGUCAAUUUACUGGAUGCUGUGCGAUUCCAUAUUUUCCACGACAACGUGAGCGUGGACUACCCAAUGUACUCCCGAAACGAUGAUUCCACAGUCAGGCCCAAGGAUUCUCUUUUAUUCUACCCUUUCGAUGGAUUUAAAGUACAGUUACUCAAGGAGGAAUUCCCGCAGUUGUUAAAUGUCCCGGCGACGGAAUACAACGUCAACGAUAUGGUACUGAACAUCCGGUUUCCCAGUGAGGUUAACUGCUUCGCCUACUCUCCAGAUGGCCGCUUUCUCGCUUCGCCUUUGCGGGGAACGAGUGCUGAUGUAUGCAUAUGGGAUGCAUAUACUGGUACCUGCAUUAGAAUAGUUAGGACCCCUGCUCUAUUUCGGGGACAUUUGUCAAAUAUCGCCUUCUCAGCCUCGGGAGAGUUGGCGAGAACAUCUCGUUCUGCUAUAGAUGGUUACAACCUUUCUACACGCACCCACAUUGAGGGAUUCCCCCAAAAAGUAGCAGAAAGGCGUACCAAUUUAGAAGACCUUACAUUUUCCCCAGAUGGCAAGCAGUUGGUCGCGAUGACGUCCGCCAACAUUUUUAUUUGGGAUCUUUCGUCUUCCACUAAGCACCUAUACCCCCUUCCUGAGAGUCAGUACCCGAAGGCUAUAAAAUUAUUGGGAGAUGACAAAAUUGCAAUCACCUCCAACAAAGGCCUAGAGAUCUGGGGGUGGAAGACAGAGAAAAGGGUUCUUCAUACGCUUCACGAUGAUACGUGGGAGAUCGAAAGCCUGGCAUUCUCACCUAAACGCCAGUUGUUAGCAGCUGCGUUCAAAGAAAGGAAAUCUGAUGAGGAAACCGAAGACAACUACGCGAUCAAAAUAUGGGAAGUAAAUUCAGGAAAGCUAUUGCACACCUCUAAGGACCUCCAGGGCGGCACUUGGCACCUCUCUUUCUCGUUUGAUGGGACGAGACUGGCAGCAGCAGGUUAUUACGAUAAAUAUAUCAGCAUUUGGAACCUCGAGAAGAGGCACUUCGAUCACGGCGCCUUCGAACUGAUGCAAUAUGACAACGACAGUAGAGAGUUAUUCCAAUCAAUGGAAUUUUCUCCGAAAGAUCUCAGUCUGGCGACACUCUUCCACAAUAGGAACACAAAGAAACACGGCACGCGAAACGGCCGGCGUCAGUGGUGGAGCACUAUCCGGGUUUGGGAUGCGUCCGCUUUCGAAGACGGAGCAAACAAACGUCCCAUUCGGACGGACGGACAUACACGUGCCAUUCGCUGGGUGAAAUUCUCUCACAAUGGAGAAUUCUUUGCUACUGCUGAUUGCGGUGGAAAGAUAUGUGUUUGGGAUGGAGAAACAGGCAAUUACCAAGCUUCGUUUGAGAGUAAGAGCCGGCACUUUGGUGAUGAUAUAUCACUUUUAAUCUCGCCGGAUGAUCGGAGUCUAGCUACUUAUUCUCAGGGUGCCGAGUUAACUAUUUGGGAUACAGCAACUUGGUCUCCGAGACAAGAACUCAUCGGCUAUAAAAAAACGGUAUCAUGUGCCGCAUUCUCUCUGGAUGGGAAGCGCUUGGCUUCAGCUUCUCGCGGCGAAGCCAAUGAUCCCAUUGGAGCUAUUAAAAUAUGGAAUCUACAUGGAUUCUCGGGUACAGACGAGAUACUGAAAACGAAACCGACCGGUGGAACCGAGAUCGCAGACGAAUGGGCAUCGACAUGCAUGGCAUUUUCUCCUGAUGGGACACAGUUAGCUUGCUGCGCGGAUAAUUUAAAAAUCUGGAAGCUGAGCCCAGACGGUUCACUAAAUCUCCUCCAACAACUCGAUCAUGGCGGGAGAGAUAUUCCUCACAGCAUUUCUUUCUCUCAAGACGCCGAGUUCAUUAUUGGGUCUGGAUACUACCGUUUGAGCUUUUGGAAAAUAGAAUCCAAACAUUGCGAAAGAAGUAUCAACGUCGAAAUGUGGUUUCAGUCUCUGAAAUGGGACCCGGAGGAUCCACAAUACAUUUUUACAGACCUUGGCCCCUAUUACAUCGGAAAGGCCUUUGAUACUAGGAAUCCUAAAGAUACAUGUCGUGUCGGCGAUGACGUUAGAAUGCCGCCUGCAACGAGCCCGGAAUCAUCCUCGUGCACAUUGCAAAAAGAUGGAAGGGGCAUUCACUGGAAGGGCAAGAGCUUAGUCAAGUUCCCUGACCGAUAUCGCCCCCUUGUAUGGGACAAUUCUCUAUAUAUGGCUUCGAUUCAUGGAAGAAAGGUUGCACUGGGGUUUGAGUCGGGCCAUGUGACGUUGUUGAACUUUGGGGGAUGA